UGUGCUCAGACUCUGAACAUGGUGACACCGACACUGCGGGUGGAGGACUGCAGCAUCGCUCUGUUGCCUAGAAACCACGAAAAGAACCGCUGCAUGGACGUGUUGCCUCCGGACCGCUGCCUGCCGUUCCUCAUCACCAUCGACGGAGAGAGCUCCAACUACAUCAACGCUGCUCUGAUGGACAGCUACAAGCAGCCGUCGGCCUUCAUCGUUACCCAGCAUCCUUUGCCCAAUACAGUAAAAGACUUCUGGCGUCUGGUGCUCGACUACCACUGUACAUCCAUCGUCAUGCUGAACGAUGUUGACCCGGCUCAGCUGUGUCCUCAGUACUGGCCAGAGAAUGGCGUCCAUCGUCUGGGUUCGCUGCAGGUGGAGUUUGUCUCUGCUGAUCUGGAGGAAGACGUCAUCAGUCGCAUCUUCAGGAUCUACAACACGGCCAGG